AUGUAACUUGUGUAACGUUAACUUCUCUCUCUCCUUCUCUCCCUCCUCUCUCUAUCUUCUUGAAAUUGCUGAAACUUGAAAGGCAAGCAGUAGUGGGUGACUGGGAUUGGGGACGAAGAACUAUCUCUCCGCAAUUCCAAAUUUUGCUGCAAUGGCGGCUGUUAAUACCUCCGAUUCCAAUGAGGGGAAACCAUACAUCCAAGGAACUGUGGAUAGAGGUUGCAGCUUACCUGCUAGCUGUUCAAGUUUUAAGUUGCCAAAGCAAACUAUUGAUGGGGUCGACCGUCAUUGCUCUCUAGAUAUUCAGCCUAUUCUGUUAGAGAAGGCUCACCUUCCAGCAAAGCUAAAAUAUCCCUUUCACGUCUCAGAUGCCACAGAUGUGUAUAGCAUUUCAAUGUUAGCCACAGAAAGCAACAGUCCACAAUGCCCUUCAGUAUUGGGAUUUUUGAACUUUUCAGAAGUUUCUAAUUCAUCUAAAAGUCAGAUGUGCAUGGAUGCUCAGCUGAGUUGCCAGAACUGCAAUGAUUUACAAGCAAAUAGGGAAGAUUCUCAUCCCCCAUGCAUCAUUGAGAUAGAUCUGGAGAAGGGAUAUAUUCAAGCACCAGAAUCCAAAGAGGAAGCAAUUGAAAGUUUAAAACGCGAGGGCUUACUAGCUAGAGUGUUUCGGAGACAGCCCAGCCUAAACGUUGGUGGGAAACUUUUGCAGCUUCUAUUCAACCAUGGCAUUUCAAGAGAUAACCCAGUGACUGAGAAAAUUCAUGAAGCACCAAAUAACCGGUGGAAAAGAUGCAAACGCACUGCCUCAUUUGAUUCCAGAAAAGUCGUCUUCUUGUUCUCAAUCUUGUCAAGUUUGGGGACAAUGAUUUUGAUAUACCUAACAUUGAGAGUUAGGCAGAGUGCAGAUGGUUUCAUUCGUGUUUAAUUCGAUGCCAUCUGAUUCAGGAUGCUUUCUCAGCUGCUGUUGCUGCGUCUCAAGGACCGGUCUUGAAGUAACCUUCUUCCUAAUGUAAAUAUUGGAUAUUUCACGGUGUCGUAGUUGUACUUUGGAUAAUCUCCUUGACUCUGCAUAUUAAUAGGCAGUGCUUCUUUUCUAAUCAAGUUGUCUAUUGGAACUUGGAAAAAACAAAAAAAAAAAGUUCUAACCCACUGGUUUCUGAAAAGAAACAGCCAUUAGAAUUCUUGACUGAAAAAAAAUAUAUUUAUUCUAUUUCCAAUAAACAACUUGGUAGGUUUUACAA